AGACAUCUUUUGGCGUAUCGAGUGACAAGACAAACGAUCGACUCGCUUUUAAUGCGCAUUGUCAGGCAUAAAGGGGCGACGAUUAAAAAUCAAUAUAAAUACAUCGACUGCCAUUAUGGACGCAGUACAAAGAAGCUCUGGACACGCUUUAUAUCUGCUUAUAGAAACCAUUAUGCAAAUCGAUAAGUCAAGACCCCGUGUAAAGUUGGCACUCGUAAAGUUGAUUUAUGCAGCCGAAUCACAGCGCAUUUGCAUAAUUAUAAUGGCGUGAACAGCCGAAGAGUCGCCCCAAAGUCUGAGCCCCGCAGUCUGAGAUCUCUUUCUGCUGGUCAAGAAAAAUGGCAAGAUUGCGAUGGUAUCUUAUCUCCAAGGGGCUCGGAACCCUCGUUUGGCCAGAUUCGCUGGCACCAGCUCGUGAUCGAUCCAACUGGAUUGCCAAAUGCAUAAAUCACGUGCCAGUGCCGCGGAGACCGAAAAAACAGAAUUGGAUUUCACACAGAAUAGAGAAUGGAGAUCGGAGAAUGGGGAAUGUCUGCGACUGGCUUUGGGCCGACUAUCUGGUAGAAAUUAUGUAAAUGCAUGAGCUGGGACCCUGAACUUGGAACGAGUCGGCGGAGCAGAAGCUCCGAUCACUUCAGUUUGCCGCUGAGUUAACUGGAGAUCGGUCGGAAAUUUGGACUGGGACUGCCCCCGGAGAAACACUCGUUGGAUAGGAUUUUGGGAACCAUGUACAGGACGAUUUUGCUGUUAACCCUUGUGGCUGUGGCCAGUGCGGCGGGCUCUAGCCGGGACUACCUGCCACGCCCGCCGGCCAAGGGGGCGUAUGUCUACGCCACGCCCCCGCCCAGCACGAUGGCCCAGCUGCGCCGGAUAAUCCAAGGUCACCUGGAGCGGUUCCAGCAGGCGGAACAGGCCCACUUUUCGCGGCGAGCCAACGUACAGCUGGGAAAGUCGGAAGUGCCGGCGGAGAGGAAACCGCAGGCGAUGCAGUUGUGGGUGGUUCGCACGCCCGCCCUCAUUUUCGGCGCGGCCUCGGAGAACACACUGGAGUACGUUCUGGCCCCCAACACGCCCACGCCGAAGGACUAUGCGCGAAAGUUCCUGCCGGAGGGCAAGGAUGUGGUACCCGGAAGUUCUUACAUUCCGCUGCGGCUGCUCGUGAUAAAGCGCUGAGCUCGGAGCUCUGUAUUCUGAAAUCAGAAAUCUCGGGCGGCGGCUGGCUUUUGUUGUUCGAAAACAAGUUCCGGCGGAAUGUCGAUAGCAGAUACCCGAUACUAAUGCCCAACCAGUAGUUGGCUAAUUGGCCUUAAGCUUUCUGGUUCUUACCGCUAGUUUAGCAAUACCUACCAUUAGUUGUUUUACGUUAAGGCCCGAGCUCGCUAAUUUAAAUUAAGUCCCACAUCCCGGAGGUCCGUGACUAAGACGUACGACCUUAUCGCAUCCAAUAAAACCGAAAUUAAACUCA